AUGGAGCUUUACAAGCAUGUGUCGCAUACGGCACAGGAUGCUCUUGCCCUUCCACCCAAGUAUCUGCGCAUGUAUGGCGACUUUGUGACAAAGAAUGCCAGUGCAGUCAGCCAGAUCGAGGGUGCAUUGCGCUCGUUGACUUAUAUUCUACCAGGCCGCUUCCGCGAUACAGAAAUCGCAUCAGAAUCUUUACAUUCGAGCGUACAACUACUUUCCAUCUACCAUGACUCCCUCCUUGCGCGUGCGAUACAGCGAUUGCCGGCACUACAACGUCCUCACCCAUCACCACAUACCCGCUACACUCGAUUUUGGACUCAGAAGUCUCCAGCCUACCGACGACUUGCCACGUUUCUGCAAGUAGUCCAAUACACGGAACUUCUGUGCGAAAUGGCUGCGAAGAGAAGGGGAGAAAAGGCAAGGUGGAAGGCUGUCGUAAUCCUUGAGAGUAUCAAAGCCUUGUGUCGACUGCUCCUCAUGCGUCUAACAAACUCCCGGCCUCUAUUGAAUCCGCCGCUACCCGAGCGUGAGGCAGAUCCAAGCACUCUGGAAGAGAAAGAUGCAAGUGGGCUGGAAUCGCCGCCAUCCGAGAAAUCUGAAGACACUCAAUGGACUAUGCCGAGGACUGGUCUCUCGCUGCCUACUCUGCCUUCUUCCUCCGACAUCUCGGGCUAUCUGCUUUCUAAAGCUCUGACGGCAGAUGAUAUCAAACCGCCAAAGGCUCUGCUACAUCGUGUUAAUGGCAUGGGUGAGCUGGCCGAGGUCCUCUACAUUCUAAGACCCGUCAUUUAUGCUGCAGCAAUGCACUACUGGGCUACGAAGAACAAGAAGAGCUGGCAACCUUGGGUAUUGGGCGUCACGAUAGAGUAUGGUGCACGUCAACUGGCAAAGAAGGAUCUCCAAGAGAGAAGAGCAGGCGGUCUCCGGGCAUUGACAGCACUUGAGAGAGACGAGUUGAAGAGGAGAGGUUGGAGCCUGGGAUGGUGGCUCAUGAGAGGCGCAUUCUACGAAACCUUCACCAAGGCGUGGAUUCAUUCGGUGACCAACAAGCUACGAAACAAACCGCUGCUGGACAUGGCCGGCGGCAUAAUCGAGGACUAUGAGUUCCUGUGGGAUCAGUACUAUUUCCCAACUGCAACCAUGUAA